GAAGCGGGGCCGAGCGGGGCCGAGCGGGGCCGAGGGGGCGCGAUGGCGGCGACGCCGCCGCCCAAGCCCUGGGAGUCCCGGCGGCUGCCGGGCACCGCGCCCGCCUUCCAGUCUGCUGACUUGGGUGACAACCUGCUGACCAGGCCCGGACAACCCACGGUGGCACGAAUCCCUCCACCCAUUUUGCCGAGACCGUCGCAGCAAACGGCAAGCAGCAGCCUGAGCGCUUUCAGGCCAGCCUAUAGCAGCUCUUUCUCUCCAGGCUAUGGCUCAUAUGGCACCUCUUUCUAUGGAAGCUAUAGUCCCUACAGCUAUGGCUACGGAGGGCUGGGCUAUAACCGCUUCUGUGCCGAUGGCAUUCCCCCCAGCAGGUUUGUGCAGCAGGCUGAGGAGAGCAGCAGAGGUGCCUUCCAGUCCAUCGAAAGCAUCGUGCACGCCUUCGCCUCGGUCAGCAUGAUGAUGGAUGCUACCUUCUCUGCUGUCUACAACAGCUUCAGAGCUGUGCUGGAUGUGGCCAACCACUUCUCCCGCCUCAAAAUUCACUUCACCAAGGUGUUUUCAGCUUUUGCUCUAGUGAGAACUAUAAGGUACCUCUACCAACGCCUGCAGCGCUUGCUGGGUCUGCGGCAGAGCUGCGAGAACGAGGAUUUGUGGGCUGAGAGUGAGGGCAAAGUAGCUCGUGCUGGCCUUGAAGACAAGGUGGCUAACUCUGCAAAAUCCUGGCCUAUUUUCUUAUUCUUUGCUGUUAUAUUGGGAGGUCCCUACCUGAUUUGGAAGCUGCUUUCUACAUACAGUGACGAAGAAACAGUGUCUAGUAACUGGGCGAGUGGAGAAGAUGACCAUGUAGUUGGAAGAGCAGAAUAUGAUUUCAAUGCUCUCUCAGAAGAAGAAAUUUCUUUCCGUGCUGGUGACAUGCUAAGAUUAGCACCCAAAGAACAACAACCCAAGAUCCGUGGUUGGCUUCUGGCUAGUUAUGACGGCCAAACGACAGGACUUGUGCCAGCUAAUUACAUCAAAAUCCUGGGCAAAAGAAGAGGUAGGAGAACAGCGGACCCGGAAAGGGUUCCAGAGCAGCGGCCGGCUUUCCCCAGCACAGCUGUCAGAGGAGCCCCUGCUGCUGUGACUUUAGAGGAGCAGGAAGCUGCUUUUGAAACUGUUUUUGCUGGAUGCAGCAAAGUUCCCGUUGCGUCGGACUCCGCUGUGGCCGGUGGAGAGAAGCAGGAACUCUGAUGCACUUUGAUCAACAAAGCGACUGAACUGUGCUUUAUUGAUACCACUUAGGGUUUGUUGAAAAUCUGGUUUUUAAUGGAGCACUGUGGGUCUGUACCAGUUACUGCUGCUACUGGUUGGUGAAGGGAUGGAGAAAUCAUUGCUCAAAUUUUGGUAUUUAUUUUUGACUCACCUAAGGCUGUACGUCAGUGAUUCUACCCACCCACCUGGCAGCAACUCUGAGAUCUUGAGAUAGGAGAAACGAGGCAUUUAGAAAAAAGCAAACAAAGGGGAAAAAAAUAGGGCCUGCCAUUCUUGUUUAGGAGACAAAUAAACACCCAGUCUUUGUAGGAGUAUUGAGCCUCUUGAAUAGAGGUGGAAAGGGAAGGUUGAUUUCUGUAAGCUGUCCUCCAGAACUUCACACUCAGAACCAUGAGGGAGUAAAACACAUUGGCUCCCUCUGAAAGGAGGGAGAGUUGCAGGAGAUGCACACAGUUGAAUAGUUAGAAGGUUUAAGUUGUUUUUCAUAAGAAGUAGGGUUCUGUCAUAAAGAACUUAGCUCUUAGAAUAAAAGGGAGAAACUUGGGAGGAAGGGAGGAGAAACAGAGUUUAGAAAGGGAGAGCAGUGAGGCAUCACCAGUAGUUCUAAGCAGUUCUGUUUUGUUUAUUAAAAGGACAUUAGAAUAAAGGGUAUUCUGCAGUCAGGCACUCAUCAGUUGUUACUCCCUUAACCAACUUUGCAUCACUCUUAGCCAUGUUGUGUUGUAGCCUGUUAGCUGCUUAUCUAUCAGCCACCAUCUGCAUCUCAACUUAUUUCUGUCCUUUAUUUGAUUUUAUAUGAGUGUCAAAAUAUCUAUCCUGCGUUUUUCAGCAGUAGGAAAGCCUUGAGUUGGGGGAAGCUGAAAGUAAUUUGAGCAUCAAAGAAAAGGUAACAUUUCCUGCUUAAUUGUCUCAGUUAGAGAAGAUCUUGGACAAACUUUUUAUGCUGCCUUUCUGGUGGUAAAUUUUACAUCUGCCCAUAAGAUUUGAGGCCUCCAGUUUAUCAAAAGCCAUAAAAAAUAUUAAGACUGUUCAGAGUAUUUUCUUCAUAUGGGUGUUUGAGAAUUCUGUCCUGAAAUACUGUUUUGUUUUUUUGUCAAAUGAAGCAAGAAUAAUUAAAACUUUUUUUUUUUUCCAUGUAGUAUAUAUGUAUAACAUGCUGAACUUCUGACGGUUACAUCAGUGGGUUAAAUAACUAAGUUUAUCUUAAUCAUUAAAAUAGCUGUUUUAUUUUAAAGUUUCUUGAAAAUAUAAGUAGGGCACAGGCCUUUGCUUAAUUGACUGAGUAGUUUCAGUUUGACCAUUGAUCUUCAACACCCAAUAUGUGUUAACAAAGCUUUCAGUAUUUAUAUUUUAACUGCAUUUGCUGGCCUUGGGUUCUUAGAAGUCUGUUCAACACAACAAAACGGUAAAAAAAACAUGAAAUGAGCACAUUUUUAUUAGAGUGGCUGAAAAAACAAAUAUUAUGCUGGAACCUUGAUUUUAAAAUAAUCUCUGAAUGCCUGUUGUUAAUAAAUAGAAUAUGACUAUAAGUGGUUGUGGUCAGGUAUUGAGAGAUGGUGAUUAGAAUAAUUUAUAGUAAAUUGUUAGAUUUUCAAGUGCAAAUGUAAAGGAAAAUGUGGUUAAAGGGCAAAUGAAAAUCUUGAGGUUUAAAACAUAUUCCUGAGACAUUGCCCUGUGUACCAGGGCAUAGAAGAAAACUAUCUGUAUUUGAAAAUUAUAUCUAUUGUUGAAAUGAAAAUAGAAAAAAAAAUCUGAAAUCUAAAAUACAGAGGGGCAAAAGGGGGGAGGGGUGUAUCAAGUGUACAGUUCUGUGUGCAGAAUGUGUUCUUGGAGGGAAUUAAUUUGCUGUUCUGAGAUGUAAUUAAUGAACUGUCAGCCUCUCUUGUCAGUGAAAGAUUUUAAUCAGAGGAAGGGUCUUUAAAUGAAUAAAUAAAUAGACCCCAAACUUUUUUGGGUUUUUUUUAAGAGUAUCCAUUCAAGUAGAUUUUUUGUUUUUCUGGCUGGGAUGUUGUUUUCUUUUUUCUUUUUCUUUCAGUUCUGUCUUCUGGCUCAGAACAAGUUGAGAAGACAAUGCCAUGAUGUUUGUUGGAAUGUUUUAAGUCUUCUUUUUAUAAAGACAAGUUUAAUUUCACUUCCAGGUCAUGCUAUUUUGAUAACAAUUCUUUUAGCAGGAAGAUAGGUUAUCCUUACCUAAGUUGUCUUUAUAUUUGUUUGACUUAGCCUACAAGUCACUGUCAUCAUUGUAUCUAUUAAAUCUCAACAAGAAUUUUGAUCCUUUCAAUCUUGCAAUUACCUUAAUUGGAAAAGAAGGCUCUGAGGAAAUGAAGUCAGUUAUUUAACUCACAAUUAAUUGUACUGAUUGCAGAAGGGUAUUAAAGUUCAUUGAAGUCAAAUAUACACUACAA